CGAGAAGCCAGAUUACAUACCGUGACACCGGCGCUGUCCUGCAGCAGGAAGUAGGCAGGCAACAGUAAAUAGAGCUUUAAGUUUGUGUAGGCUAACAGUUAGGCGGUGUUUGGAAAUGCUGAGUGUUGUGUGAAGUCUUGAGAACACAAGAUAAGUAGAGGCGGGAGGACUGUGAGCUGUUUACUAAUUGCAAAAUAGUGGCUGUGGCUGGAACCUGAUCUGUAAUGAGGUGAAAUUUGUGACUGCAGGAAUGGCUGCUGAUCAUUUGGCUGAUAAAAGGGCCAGGCUACAUGCCUCCAAAAGCAGGUGGACUGGGAGGACGGAUGACGUAUCUGUUACGCAGCCACUCGCCAGCCCCAGUACAGAAAAAUGCCAUAAAGACAGCAUUCGGCAGUGGCUCAAUUCUAUCACUGAAGAAGAUUCUAAACCAGUGGCCAUUCAGGACACUCCAGCCCGUCGUCUGAAGAGGAAUGGCAGUUCUGAAGAUGACUUAGCGUUGGGCAUCGAAGCAUCUUUAUAUGGUAAACCUGCUGUAAGGGCCACAGAGGGAUAUCUAAGGUCCUUUGUGCCAAGAACUCCACUGCCCAGGUGGAACAGCUUAACAUCGGCAUUCUCAACCCAUUCUGGGCCACUGAGUGUCAUGGAUGUGCUGAACCUGUGGCAGGAUGACCCAGAAGAACUGUUGUUGGACCUGGGCUUUGGUGCAGAAGAACCGGACAUUACUGUAAAAAUCCCAGCCCGCUUCAUCAACCACCAGUCAAAAGCCCGCGGCAUCAACAUCCAGCUGUUCCUGGAGGCGCAGAAGAACCGCAUGGACAUUGAGAAUCCAGACGUCAGAAAUCGUUUCAGACAGCUUGAGGUGUUACAGCAGGUCACCACAGCCUUUAAUUCUCUGGUUGGAGGCCCUGCUCAAGUUGCAGAAAAGCCUGGAGAACCUCAGAUUUCAGCAGAAACCAGAGAGAGGAGGAAGCGGGUUGGCAUGCUGUUGCGAAAAGCCUCCAAGAAGUCCCUGAGCCAAGCAGCCACUUCCCAAGACCAGCAGCCGCUCUCUCCUCCGCUGACUGGCCCGUCCUACAGCCCAGAUCUACCUGCAGAUCCUCCACAAGACAAGCGAAGCCCUGUAAAGCGUGCCAGGCAGUGUCUCCCCGAAAUUGCCAGCCUCAGCCCACUGGUAGAGGAGCAAAACUCUAUCCCAGAAGCAGCUGAGCCCUCGUCGGCUCCCCCUCAGACUCAGUGCAAAAGCAGCGGUCCGAGCGGAGUGAGGGAGCCAUGCAACGUCACCUUCGCACACAAGGGUCAAGGACAGCCUGCAGAGUCUUUUGAGCUGGAAGAGAUUCAGAGCUUUGAUGAGGGAAGUAUAGCAGGGAGUUGCACUGGCCCUGCUGAUCAUGCAGGUAGUGAGCAAGCGAGCCUGUCCCGUGUGAGCUCGUGUGUGGUGAGGACGAACAGUUGUCAGUCAGACAGCAGUGGAUUUCUGGAGGAGCCAUUUGUUCCUGCUUUCUCUCAGCACCCUUGUCCAGGACCGGAGCUUAUGAAGGUACUGCAUGCCAUGUCGGGAGAAAGUACAGACAGCCAGCAGAAGAGUGUGGAGCAGCAGGAGACUGUAGAGUUACACUCCACAGAUCACUCAAUCUCCUCCGAGAGGAUGCUUGAACACACUGAAUCCUGUGAAACACAGUCAAACGCUGCUUCGAGAAAAGAGCUGACAGGUGGAGGAGAUGCUGCAGAAAGUUACUUACAGGAUGCUGAUGAGGUAGACGUGAAUUUUGUCCAGAAAGAUGUUGCUGAGGACUAUACUGGAAAAAGUACCACAUUACAGGACACAGAUCGAUUAGACUGUUCGGUAGAUGUGUACAUUGUAUCGAAGGACAUUGCUGAAGACUGCAUUAGUAAAGAAAAUAUCACAUCACAGGACACUAGUAAAGUAGAUUAUUUGGUAGAUGCGGAUGUUGCACGAACGGACAUUGCUGAAGACUGCAUGAGUAAAAAUACCACAGCAGAGGACAUUGAUCAUGUAGAAUGUUUGGUUGAUGUGAACGUUGCACAAAAGGACAUUGCUAAAGACUGUAAAACAAGUGAAAAUACCACAGCUGAAGACACUAAUAAUGUAGAUUGUUUAGGAGAAAUUAAUGUUGCCCAAAAGGAACUUGCUGUAGAUCAUAAUACUGGCCAAAGUGCCACAGCUGUGGAGGACUCGCUAAGUCCCCCACCUGAUGUAAUUCCCCAAGCAGAUUCUCAAAAAGAGGUGCGGAAAUCCGAAUGCACUGCCUUUGAUGAGGGCUCAUUUCCCUUCGACCUGGAAGCAGAUAUUACAGAGAAUAAAAAACCCACUGAGACAAACAGUGGAGGUGGGUAUUCUGGACGUUCUGUCUCUGUGCAGAUGCGCUCCUCUUUGUCCUCUGUUUCCCAGAGUUCCUUCAGAGGGAGUCUGAGCCACAGCCUUUCCUUAGGGCCCAACUCUCCCAGCAGUGUCGAAACUAGAAGAGAAUCCUUCUCUCAUAGGAACCAAUCAGACGCCAAUAAGGACCAUCUCUCAAGCUCUCCCCAUAAUCCCGCCUCCCCUGAACAGGUGACCUCAUCACCCCACCCGUGGCAUUCUGAGGACAGCUUUAAAGGCCUCCCAAAUUUGCAGUUGCAUUCCACAACGCUGGACAUGGGCACUUCACACGAAGAGGACAAGCGCUGGGAGGGGACGCUGUGGACAGGCACUGGACAGUGCUGCUGCUCUUGUGACCACAACUGCCACUGCUGCUGCCAGAACAAGAGUGGACAGAAGCAGCACUCCAGCAUCAUCAGCCAUCUGCACACAGCCUCCAGCCUGCCAUAUUCUUUGGAUGAAUUGGAGGGCAUGAUGAGAUGUAUGAGGAAGUUCCGGUGGGUGUUAUCAGAGAUCGAGGAGAGGCUUCAGGAAGAGCACACGUCAGUGCUCAACUCUUUGUCUGACGUACACAGGGCUGAUGUGCAGGGUGUUUUGGAGCUGAGGGCAGCUGUCAAACAGGAAGCAGUGCUUCUGGAGCAGCAGCUCACUGAUCUAGUCCACGCUUAUGAUGACAGCAUUAAAAUGAAACUGAACAGACUUUUGGAUGAGCAAUCUCAGUUGUGCUCUCAGCUGCACAUUACUCCAUUUGACACACCCCACCCAGCCAACACCUGCAAGAGAAGUGUGGCCGUUCAGUGCUGCCUCCUGCCUGGGAUGGACACCACACAGUCUUGCCUCUCCCAGCAGCCCACCAGUGACUCAGAUUUCACCAACGGCAGUGACUGGAGCCCCAGCAGUAAGACAGACAAGCUGGACUUUGUAGGAUUUAUUAAAAGUUUAAAGGAUGUGACCAUCAAUAAUGAUUCACUGGAAUGAAAAGUUCUUCAAAGUCAAAAGUGAGAAGAAUAUUUGCACCUUGAUGAUUUAAUGUUUUAUUUUAUUCUAACUUAAAAUAUUUUAUGUAUUGAUUUAUUUUUUUAGUAUAAUGCACUGAGGCAUGCUGUAAAUCCUAAAUUUAGAACAAUAAAAGCAUCUGAAUCCUC